AUGGCCGAGGGAGGCGAAGGCCUUGGACGGCCGGGAGGCUGCGGCAACCCACGCCCUCCGUACGAUCGGGGCCCCGGGGCAGCCGGAGGCGGAGGAAGCCGACCCAGCGGCUUCGUGUCGCUGCCGCCGGCGACGACGCGGCUUCCGGUGCCUGCUCAGUACCAGGCCGCGCCGAUGGGCUACCGCGAGCCCAUGGCGCUGCCGCACCAGGCCGCGUACGGGCACGGGGCUCCGGUGGUCGUCUAUCGCGCGCCCGCGUCAGCGGCGCCUGUCUUGGCGCCUCCGCCCGCUCCUGUGCCAGUCACCAUCCGGGCGCCUCCGCCCUCGAAGUCUCCGGCUCCGGCUACGCACCAGCUGGCGCAGGGCGCCUCUCGGGCGUCCGCGCCGGCCCUGGCCUCCUCGGCGCCGUCGGCCGAGGUUGAGAAGAAGCUGUUGGUGUCCGAGACCGCGCUGGCGCCACCCGCGGAAGCUGCUGCAGCGGUGGCCCUGGCCGCUACCGCGGAGGCCGCGUCGGAUGUGGAUCUUGCGCCGGUCUCGAAGAAGAAAAAGGGGCUCGCGCACUCUGCUCGCCCGGUCCCUCGGACCUGCGGGAAGAAGGUGAUGGUCCGCGCGAACCACUUCCUCGUGGACGUCGGCGACAACAAUCUGUUCCACUACGAUGUGAUGAGCUCGCCCCUUCUACAGCCCCUCUGUUCUUCUACUCUUAUCAACUUCUACAUGCAUGCUAUCCUUUACCGCCUGCUUAGAUUUGGUGGUCUUGUGUGGGAUAGCUUUGCUACUGGCUGUGCCUCUAGUUCGUCAGAUGAAACGGUGAAGGGAUAUAUGAAACGCUUCCGAUCUCAUCCUGCUUUAUGCAGCUAUGCGCUGCUGUUCGUUUGCUUUUCAGUUAGGCACCACUGCACCAGGCAACCCACACCAAGGCCACAACCCGCAAAUGAACUCUCCAACCCCACUGCUUCAAUUGGCCCGCCAUUCCACCCAGAACUUCACAAUUUUCUUCAUUCAUUUGCUGUUGCUAUUAAUCCCGAAUCAAAAUCAAGAGCAACAAAUAGGGAUGUUCUUAGUGAGCUCAUCAAGUUGUAUGGGAAGACAUCUCUGGACGGUAAACUGGCAGCCUAUGAUGGAAGGAAGAGUCUUUAUACUGCAAGUUCACUUCCUUUUGAAUCAGAGGAGUUUUUGGUCAAACUGGUUGAUUCGGAAAAGAAGGGUAAAGAAAGGGCGGAGAGAGAGUAUACGAUCACAAUUCGAAUUGCUGGGAGAACAGACUUGUACCACCUUACAUCAGACAGCCAUCGUGUGAAGAUAAAAAAAGCAUUACAGGGAGUUUGCAUCGAAACAAGCCACCAAGAGGACCAAAUCAGAAGAUACAAGAUAACAGGGAUUACUCCCAUCCCUAUGAGCGAGCUGAUAUUCUCUGUUGAUGAGAAAGGGACGACGAAGUCUGUUGUGCCUAUAGAGGUUUGCAAGAUUGUAGAAGGGCAGAGAUACUCUAAGAAGCUUAAUGACAAACCAGUGACCAACAUAAUCAGAGCAGCCUGUAAACGUCCCCAGGAGAGGGAGCAGAGCACUCGUGAUAUAGUUCUGCACAACAAGUAUGCAGAGGAUAGGUUUGCUCAGGAGUUUGGCAUCAAGGUCUGCAGCGAACUAGUGUCUGUUCGAGCCCAUGUGCUGCUUCCACCUUUGUUGAAAUAUCAUGACUCUGGUAGGGAGAAAACUUGUGCGCCUAUUGUUGGACAAUGGAACAUGAUUAAUAAGAAAAUGAUUGAUGGAGGAACUGUGGAUAACUGGACUUGUUUGAAUUUUUCACGUAUGCAUCCUGAGGAGGUACAAAGGUUCUGUACGGAUCUGAUUCGUAUGUGCAGUGCCACAGGAAUGGCUUUCAAUCCAAAACCAUUUGUAGAAGUUAUGUCAGCUGCUCCUAACCAUAUGGAGAAUGCUUUGAGAGAUGUACACAGGAGGGCCACACAAAUGCUUGCCAAACAAGGAACGGGAAAUCAGCUACAACUUCUAAUUGUAAUCCUGCCUGACUUUAGUGGUUCUUACGGGAAAAUUAAAAGAGUUUGUGAGACUGACAUUGGAAUCGUAUCUCAAUGUUGUUUGCCAAAGCAUGCUAGCAGGCCAACCAAGCAAUAUCUGAAAAAUGUUGCACACAAAAUCAAUGUCAAGGUUGGAGGGCGCAACACAGUUCUUGAGCGAGCCUUUGUAAGCAAUGGCAUACCAUCUGCGUCAGAAAUCCCAACAACCAUCAUUGGUGAUGCCACACACAUCCCACCAGGAGAGGACUCUGCAUCAUCCAUUACUGCAGUUUUUGUUUGCAUAUAUGGGUACCAAAUUUCCAUGCCUAUCAACCUGAAUACAACAACAGCAAGAGAGGUUGUUCAGGCUGCUCUUAUGAAAAGAGACAUAAAGGUUAAGGAUGCAUACUUGAGAUUCAAUGGAAGAUCGCUGAAUGAAGAUAGCUUGCUAAGUUCAGUAUACAUUUGCCAGGGCUCACAUAUAAAUGUAACUCCGAGGACAAGGGGUGGCGUGCAAGCCUACCACAAAUUGUUAUUCGAACAAUUGAGCAUAGUUCUGCAGAACAAUGCCCACAGGAUGUUUAAGGUUGUGUCGGUCCCCAAGGAUCAUGUGCAACCAAAUCAUAGUCAGUCGGUACUUUUCUUGAGCUUUUUCUCCCAAUAUAUUAUACAUCAGAUGUUAGUUUGUGUGUGCCGGGAGGGACAUCAACAAGGAUAUUGCUGGGGAGGUGCGUUUACGCUUGCGGAUAUUAUCAUCUCAAAUGGUCACAUCAUAAUUAGUCCUAAUGUGGUUCAGAUGCAAUACACCUCAGGUGGUGGCGAUGCAGAUUAUACUCAACUGCAUUAUAUAAUUGAUACCGCCUUCCUUGAGCCGUCUACGAAUACACACGCAAUCCAUGUGAAACAUUUAUUGGACUUGCUACUGAGCGAUAAUAAGGCUCUUAGGCAAGACCCGAAUUUUAUCACUUUUGUGAUCAACCAUCCUUGCCUCCUCUCUUACGCCGAAAGGCAAAUGGUCUAUUCUUUGGUGGAUCGGAUGAUUCUCAGGCUCCCUAAGCGAAGGUUCAAUAAAUUGAGAAAUCUUUUGAACGAGAAAAACCACCAAUCUUGGAUCGGCAUUGUACGGCAGGUUCCAGCUUUCCUGCGCACGUAUUUGUACCAAACGUAUACUGCAGAUAUGGACCAAGCUUUCCACCUUGGUCGUAACUUCCUAAAUCACCCGUGUCCCAGGGUGACAUUGGAGCAAGCUGAGGCGGCACUCUCAAAUCUACUUGGAUAUAUACUACCUAUCACUGUCAUGACUUUGGUUAUAAAUUUCCAGAAUCCUGCUAGAUUUAAUAUUAUUGGGAUAAUAGCCAACUCUAACGCAGACAGAAGCACAGGGCGAUUCUAACCCGAAGUGCUUGUUGCCUCCACUGCGAGUACAUGGUCUUAAUGGUGCUCUCUUUUAUUGUUCCGAGGUGCAGAGAAGUUAUUGUUCAAAGGUACAUGGUCUUAAUGGUGCUCUCUUUUGCCUUCAACUAGUCCCGAGACGAUGUUUUUGCGUAACAACCUUAAGAUGUUGUGGCUCUGAAUGUAGGCAUGUAGCCAGUGAACACCAAGUCUGUCAUGAAUGUAUCUGCCUGCCUACAUACCUAUGUAGGCCAAGGCCACCACGAACUUUGUCAUGGAAGUAGUUUUAAGCACCUAAGUGAAGAUCCUUCUGAAGCAGAUGGAUACGAAUGCUUUUGUUAAGUAGUUCUCUUGCAGCGCAUGUGAAAAACUUCUCUAAUGUACUUAAUGCUGGCAUGCAUCAACUGUCAAGUAGAUUCCUGUGCUCUGUACCUUGCUCAUUCUUUGCCGUUGUUGUGUGUGAAGUAGAUGUUUCUUGGGACUGCGCUCUGUCUUGCAAAUUUGGGAGCUUAGGUUCAAGAAUACGAAACAUUUUUCCACUUUCCACAGUGGUUUAGUAGUGGGGCGCUGGCCAUCUGCCCCAGAUGCCCCUUGUUCAUCAUCUCGUGUCCCUGCCAUGGAGACAGGGGUUCAGCAGUAGGCCCCCUGACCAUCUGUCGCAGAUGCCACUGGGUCAUCGUCGCGAGUUCCUCCCAUGUACACAGGUGAGGCAGAUGCAAGGAUCCAGCAUUGGCAUGAAGAGGAAGACGAGGCAGCGGCACACCCCGAGCAAUACGCGCGUCAGUCUCCACAGUUCGACAUGGACGCCUUCUUCAGUUGGGGUCCUCCACCUGACGAGCUUCGCCGCCUCCCAGUUAGGCGGCACACCAGUACCGACCCAGCAGUCGCAAGAGACGGAUGGUGGUCUCGUCAGACCCUCUCACGUACUUAGCACACACUUAGGGGAUCUUCCCAAAACGGGGAUGAUACUAGAGAUAUGUAGUGUCAUAUUGUUUAGGACUAUUUCUAUCAUAUAUCAGAUUAAUUAGGACUACUGUACCAUUUUCAUUUCAUUAUUCUACUUUGCUAUUAUCAUAUA